AUGAUGAACGCAGUGUCAAAGAAAUAUCCACAUAUAAACUUUGAAGAUGGGAUUUGGAAGGGGCCUACGAAGAGUUAUCCAGAGGAAAAUUUACAAAUUGGAAAGAGACUGCUGCGGAGUUUGAAGGAAGCGCCAAACUUUGUUGGGCAAAUCGAUUCUGCGACCGGAGAAGAGGAUAGUUUCGCAGCUAUGAUGGACAGAAGCAUUCGCUGUGCUCUAUGGCUGAGGAAACGAGGCAUUGGACCCGGAGAUACUAUUGCAGUUGCUGCUAACAAUCAUCAAGAUACUGUGAUUCCUAUACUGGCCAGUUUGUAUAUUGGUUGUGUUUUGAAUCCGUAUCCAUUCGAUUGGCUAGCCAAUGGGCUAAUAUCUCACUUCAUGAAUAUGAUCGAGCCAAAGAUCAUUUUCGCCGAUGAAGAUCUAGCGCAGAUGAUGCACGAGCACAACGAUAUCAGCAAUGAAAAAGUCGAGAUUAUAGUUUUCGGGAGUCUCCCCGGACUAGCAUCCUUCGAAGAGAUUCUUCUUGAGCAGAAGCCAUCGGAGGUUGAAAAUUUUGAAUGGAUUAACAUUCGCUUCCCGGCGGAAACCGCAAUGCUGAUGUUCACUUCAGGGACAACAGGCUAUCCCAAGGUGUUCCAGUACAGUUAUAGACACCUGGAGAGGGACCUAAACUGGUUACCGCGGGAAGAACUCCACGGGAAAGUGGGAACCUGGUGCAUCGAGACCGCUUGGACUGUUAUCAUCAUAACAGUUCUGAGUUCAAUAAUCAAUCGUUCGACAUAUGUCAUCCACAAGUUCACGGACAUUCCCGAGUUGUGCAGAGUCAUCGAGAAGUACAAGAUUGAUUGGUCGAUGCUGAGGGUGGAGCACAUAAACAUACUAUCUCGAUUACCAAACCCCGAAGAUUUCGACUUAUCUUCGCUGAAGUUCAUCAGGUAUUGCGGGUCCUACAUCAGACCGGAAAUAGAGAAAAAUCUGCACGCCAUAUUUCCUCGAACGUGGUUGUCGCAGUCGUACGGUUUAACAGAAGUCGGUGCCGUUACGUAUACGAUGAGAGACCACAAGUGCCCCGCCUGUGGUAUACCCGCAGAGAACACUGAAAUUAAGCUGAUUAAUUCGAAGAAUGAGAUUAUUAUGUGUCCCAAUCAAUCAGGAGAAUUGUGCGUCAGAACUCCAUGUCUAUCGAUUGUUUAUUACAAGAAUAAAACUGCAUCGGAGAUAACACUGGAUUCAGACAGCUGGCAUCACACCGGUGAUCUGGUGUAUUACAACGAGGAUGGUGAAUUUUUCAUCGUCGAUAGGAUCAAGGAAAUCAUCAGAUUUCGUUUCAGUGAUGUGCCCGCUGGUGUCGUAGAGAACUGCAUACUGAAGCAUCCUGGUGUUCUUGAAGUUGCGGUUGUUUCUAAGCUACAUGACGAAGACGUAGAACAGCCCAUGGCUUUCAUUGUCAAGAAGCCUCAUGUUCAGGUGACGGAGAAGGAAAUUGAGGGCUGGGUUGAGCAACAGCUGCCGGAUCACAUGAGGCUUCGAGGGGGUGUUAAAUUCAUUGAUACAAUGGUGUAUAAUAAUUCUGGGAAAAUACGUAAAGGUCUACUUCGACAUUUAGCUAAUGAUCAUUAA